UUGGAAUGAAUAUUUUUUUUUUUAUUUUAUUUUUUUUGUAGAAUUCUUUCUGUAGCACUUUGAUUCGAAUUUUUGAACACUCUAUAUAUUAAGUAUAUUUACGUUGGCAAUAGUUGGACAUGCGCGGAUCAUUGUGAACAUUAUCAAGAAUCAGGUUAAGAGACUUCAAAAUAAUCGACAUUCCGAGGUCACAAUAGUACGAAAAAAAACUCGCAUAUGUGUGUAUUUUUAAUCUUGUGGAGCGGAUAAUAAAUGACGUAUCGCGCGGACUCACGGAAAGCACAUGCUUACGCGAUUUAAAAGCGGCUGCAAGUGUUUAAUCAUCACACGUGAAAUGUCGAAACAGCGAUCCACGAAAAAUGCAAAGGCGCCAAAGGCGAUUAGUGCCGACACUUCAUCUACAGGAUCUGUGGUUUUGAAUAAAGACGGAAAUGUUGUGAUUAAAAUUCAAGCUAAACCCGGAGCAAAAUGUAACAACAUAACCGAUAUUUCCGAUGAAGCAGUAGGUAUUGCAAUUUCCGCCCCGCCAACGGAAGGUGAAGCUAAUACCGAGCUCAUUAAAUAUUUAGCUUCAAUUUUUGGAGUAAGAAAAUCCGACGUAUCCUUAGAUCGGGGAUCUCGGAGUCGGCAAAAAACAGUUAUAGUAUCGGGAAUAACAACAGAUCAAGUUUUGACGAAAUUGAAAGGAGAAAUGGAAAAUUAAAUGUUUGUUAUAUACAAAAACGCAUUUUUCUGUCAUUAGACAAUUUUCUUCAAUUUUUCACGUACAAUUUUUCCUUAUAAAUAUAUCUCAAUUCCU